GUCGUCACUGUUUGGUCUCGGAGUCGCUGCUCUUUUCGGGUUUAUUGACCUUCUCAGCUUUGCUCUGGGGGUUUAGGAUCUUCUCCGCCGCUGCGUAGCUCUGCACGGCCAAGUCGUACACGGAGUCUCCGGUUGACUUUGCGAUGGACGCUGCUUGCUCCGGGUAGUAGAGAGAGGCGCUCAGGGUCAUGAGAGUGGUCGGAUAGAUGAGUUUCUUAAUCCUGGAGCCUCUGGCAAGAACCAGCCCAAGGACUCCGGUAAAGCCGAUGACUCCCGCCCGGGGGUAGAAGUCCUUCGGGGGGUUCUUCACAUAGGCGUAUGCGUCGUUCCCAAACUGGAAGACCCCCUGAACUUUUGGUUUAAUUUUCUCAUAGGUGACCUGACACCAAGCAGUGUACGGCUCCGCUAACUUCCUGAGGGUGGCGACUCGCUCCUCCAGCUGCCCCGCUUUAGGCUCCACAUACUGAAACUUCUCCGGGGGAGCGGUGUACAGAGACAGUUCGUGCACGUUUAACGGAGCCACCGCUGGUUCCUUCUCGCCGUCACCCGCAGCAGCAAACACGGUGAACGGUGAAAAUCGCAGGGCUCCCGGCAUGGCACUACCUGUCACCUUCAACAUGAUCCCCGCGGGCCAUGCAUUCACUACGGUAUCCACGGAGGGACAAGGCAGAUAGCCCCGCCUCUCUGAUUCUCACCCAAACGCUUUUACUACGAUUGAAAGCGCGCCAACAGUGGCAGGAGGAAUAGAGUAUAUCUGUGAGGACAAGGCUUUCUUUACAGAUAGUAAUGAUGUCUGUGCCCACAUCUCCAAACCAUGCUUCAUAUGGAACUCCAAAGAUAUGCAGUUUAAAAACGUGUCCACAUGUUUCACCAUAAAUUGACUGCCUGUCGUGCAUAUGUUUGAAUGGGUUCGUCAUCAAUAAAGUUGCAAAACAGGAAUAACCUACUUGUUAAAGGUAGAUUGUGAAGGUAUGGGUAAACUAAAUACCCACACCUUCACGGCGAUCUGCGUAACCGGCUCUGGCCACGUAAUUUGUUCGACGUCACUGGUUGCCAUGGCAGCGGGAAAGCCUGGCGUCUCCAGGGAAACAGAAAGCGUCAACAAUCCAAACGAUGUGAAAGCAUAUGCACGUUUGGGUCCCGGACAUAUUGGCCCCCCACCCAAAAACGAAAAACAAGUGUCAACCGCAAACACGAAGAAGAACAGCAAAGAUAUCUGGUGUGAAGAAGAAGUGGCCGAAGGCUCACAGUAUGAUGAUCUAACUGACCCAAGGCCACAACCUGAGUAUGAAAUAAUCCUGAAGCAGAGUGUAGGAACAGAGGAUCUCUUCUUGGGAUUAAGCAGAAAGGAUCCAUCCUCCAUGUGUUGUGAAGCCAUGCUGGUUAAAAUCAAACUACCAGACACUAAAGCAAAAGAGGUGGUGCUGGAUGUGAAAGAAAAGUUCCUUGAUCUACGGACGCCGAAAUACAAACUGGGGCUCCAUCUCCCCGAUCCGGUCCACAAAAAUGAGAGCAAGGCCCAGUUCUUCAGUGAGAGGGAGGAACUGGAGGUGACUCUACUAAUGAAGCGUCCUAUGGACUUCAUCAAUAUGCAAUGAAAAAGGAUGAUUUAGCAGCAAAUACCAUUAUACAAACUGACACAUUAAGCAUUAAAACCAGAAAGGAAUUGGGAAAUAAUCAGCAAAAACUCUGCUAUGAAUUUCUUCAUGAAUUUUGUGAGUUUAAGCUAUUGCUUGUGCCAUCACAGCCUCUAUGACUGUUAAAUUGUGGAUUUCUAAUAAAUACUUGACU